AUGAUAGUUCAUUUCAUUAAUGUUAUACUGGGCUUUUUAACUCGACCAUAUAUUGCUGUAGAAAAAUAUUUUCUUCUUACAUUUCAAUCAUAUUUACCAACAGAUUUUGAUGAAAAAUCAUGGUGUAUUCUAUUUGGUUUAAUGAGCAUAGUUGCAAUAAUUAUUGCAUACACACUUAGUCGGUAUGUAACAAUAAAAGAUGCCGAUGAUGAUCCUGUUUAUCAACGAGCAAAAUUAUAUUCGAUUCAAAGAAAAUCUCAGAAAAUCAACUAA